UUCCGUUUCAACUGAGUGUGAAUUUCUCAGGCCCAUGUGCGAGAAACCCGAGUACCAACCUACGUCAUCGGCAUGCCUGGAAGCAUGAAAAAAUCCUUGAACAUAUUGACGGACCAGGAGUGCAGUAGCCGAAGCAUAUAGCUGCAUGUCUGACGAAGUGUGGCACACAUAACUGGAAUAACUGCUGCCAAGUCAAUGCCACAUUAUCGGGAACUGAAGUUUAAAAAGGAGAGGGACAGAGUAGUGAAGUGGAUGAAGAGGAGUAUAGACACGACAUUCGUGGAGCCGACCAUUAGAAGAAGCCUUGUCCAAGGCCGUGGGGCAGGGGGCAGGCGAAAGCGAAGAAUCAGGCAGAGGAAGUGGCUCCAAUUGGUUAGACAUUCCUGGAGCUCCCCAAGGCCGCUUUUGGUGAUGCACAGUGGGCAAAAUAAUGUAUUUCUAUUUAAACUACGAGAACCCCAGAAAUCUGUGAUAGAGAGUUCUCAGUAGGUCUUCCCUAUCAUUCACAUUGCUAAGGUUUUUGUUUGUUUUUAGGCACCACUUUUUUUUUUAAAUUAUAUUUUUUCGAGCCAUGGCAAUAGUACCAGUUUCCAAUAUCCACACUUUACGACCAAAUUCCCUCCACGGACUAGAGUUUAUAUACGUACCCCUGCAAUAUAGUGUCCACGUGACCACGUCUCUGAUUUCGGCUAUCGGGACCUUUUUGUACCGCCUGUGGGUUCCGCCCUUGAGGAGAAGUUGGUGACCAUAGGUUGAUAAGGAUAUUGGAAGUCUCCACAGUGCUGCAGAUUCAGGUGAAGCCUUAGCAAGGAGAGGUUAAAGAAGCCAGACUUGGAAACCAAAGGAAUUCGCAGCCGAGGACGGACACGACAUCGAGCAAAGCAGAUGAAGAAGAUGUUAACCCAAGCGGAUGCAGAAGUAAAGUACGAAGAGGGACAAGGGUCCAUGACCAGGACCAGUCUGGACUUGAGGCGCUGCCAUGGAUUGGGAGGUGGAGCAGGGCCCUGGGAAUAUGAGAAGGGGCAGCAUCAACAGCAUCAGCAGCAUAAACAAAACGACCAGCAGAGCUGAAGGAACGGAAGAACGGUGCACUGAACAAAAUAAAUUCUGUGGUUUUUAUAUUAUAACUAAAAUUUUUUACAAUAAACUUAAACCUUA